AUGGAGGCGGUGAAGAGGAUGGUGGGAGGCUAUGGCGAGGCAGCACUCAGCGAAGUUAAGGCUUGCUCAGACGAACACCCCGGCUGCCAAGAGCUGCAGACUCAGGCUCCCAAUGCCAUUGUGGAGCACCAGAAGUACGGCUUGGGCUUCUGCACCGUGCUGUCGUUCGCUGGUCGCACCACGAGUUUCUACCAGGCCCUGCGCGACAUCGCUUAUUAUCUGCCGCCCAACGGAAAGUCAUCAGUUGAGGCCAUGCAGAUGGUGACGGCGCAGCGCAAGUGGAUGUUCGACGUGGGCUGCGCCGUCGGCCAAGUGGUGGGCACCUUCUACCAGCUCGAGAAGAACACUUUGAUGGAGCUUCAGGUGAUGUGGGAAACCGGUCAGGGUAAUCUGACACUGAAGGGCAUGAAGAAGAACUUCAGGGCUACGACCAAGAACCUGAAGAUGCUCACGGAAUAUCGCGCCGCCGCCCAGCAGAAGAUUGACGAGUGCAAGGACCUCGCAAACCAGAUGGUGAAAUGGCAUGGCCAGGAGCAGAAGAUGCAGCAUGCAGUCAUGGAGCUCAUCGGGAACUUCGGGGGUGGCGCGCAGUGCGAAGCUUUGCUGGAUGAGUUGCAGAAGCGCAGCGCUGAGCUGACGGCUGCCCAAGAGGAGGAGCGCAAAGCAGCCGAGUUUGUCGCCGAACUGACUGGCAAGAAGGAGGAGCUGCGCUGCAAGACCUUGGUCUACGAGAGCAUCGCCGCUGACGAGGAGGGCUCCUUGUCCAGAUUGCAGGAACGCGCAGCUGAGGCCGACAAGAUCGCCAGCCAGAAAUCUGCCGAAGCAGCCGAGACGGUAAACAUUGCUUACAAGAAGAAGAUUUGUCUCGGCAGAUGGUACACCGACUGGGUGGACAAUCGGGGCGACGUGGCCAAGUUUCGGGCUGAGCGCUUCAAGAGCAUCGCCAAGGAGGCUCGUGCGGAGCUUGGGGAUCAGACGCAGAUGACACAGAAGGCUGCUGCAGAGGCAGCUGCAGCGAAAGGCGGACUCACGACAGUGGAGGAGCAGCUGAACUUGGCCAGGCAGACGCUAGGAGAUGCAGCUGAGAAGACCAUGGAAGCCAGAGCAAGCCUUGCAAAUUUGAAGCAGCAGUGCCGGGAGUUGCGGGAGAAGUUCGGAGGCUUGGACCUUCAGCAGAUAGGUUCCUUGCGGGACCACAUGCAGAAGUUCCCCGAGCUCUUGGGCGCUCAAGGCAUGGAGGAGUUCUUGGACGAGGAGGACGAGCAGGAGUGCAAGUGUAUUUUGGACAGUUUGCGCCCCGUGAUUUGCAAGGCCAUCAACGAUGCGCAGUUCUUCGCCGGGCAGCUCAAGCCACUGCAGGAUGAAAUCGUGACCCGUAUGAAGGCUCUCCCACCGCCGGAUGCCGAUUGGAGCCCAUCCCCCAAGCCCAUCCAACAGCCUGAGCGGCCGGUUCCUGAGGUUCGUGAGGCAAACGAUGAUUGGAAGGUGGUGACCCUGAAUGAGGAGGAACAGGACGCACUUUGGUGA